AUGUGGAAGACAUUGGCAAGAAUAUGCUCCCCAGGAUACCGAGAAUCCGCGCUGAUCUGGGCGUUAUCGUCAGCAGGUGCCGCAUGGGGAGUGGCUACAGCAUGCGCUCAAGGCUGGAUCGACGACUGUUCGUGUGUGCAUGACGGACAACCGGGUUGGGAAUAUGGCGGCUGUUCAUACAGCGUACAGCAUGGAAUUACGGCUAGUCGUAAGCUUCUCACUAGAACACCGAUAGUUCGGUCACCAUUGAGAAGCGUAGAGAAGCACAACCUGAAAGCUGGUCGUCUGGCUGUGAAGAAGACCUUAAUUGCAUCCUGCAAAUGCCAUGGAGUGUCUGGAUCAUGUCAACAGAAGACCUGCUGGAAGAAGACAGCCACACUUGACCACAUCGCUGACUAUCUGGUGGAAAAGUAUGCUCGUUCAAAAAUGCUAUCACCUGAUCAGAAAGCAAAAAACGCCGACCUGGUGUUCAUCGAACCGUCACCGGAUCCGUGUCUCCAAAUGACAGCAGGCCGAGUAUGCGCAUGGCGUAACGAAACGCACACACAAGGAGAUUGCUCCCGAUUAUGUUGUGGAAAGGGAUUCAAGAUCACACACGAAGUUCUUCAUUACAAAUGCGAUUGUAAGUUUGUAUGGUGUUGUAAAUUGAUCUGUAAGGAUUGCCUACAACAUCGAUGGGUUUCAACAUGCAACUGA